AUGAGCAUUGCUCCCAUACCAAAUUUGUCCAUUAUGCUUUGCUUCAUUGCAAGAGGCUUGAAAAAGGUGGAUGCUCAGCAAUACAAAACAGCCCGUGUGCAAAUGAAGAUGCCAAUUGCUAAGAGCGAUUCAUGGAGCUGCAGUAAUGAUAUGGGUGAUGUUUGGUAUUAUGGCGAAAAUGUCACAAUUCAACAAGCCAAGUUCGUUUUCAAGGAAUAUUGCUACCAUCUGCGACAAAAGGAUGCUCUCAUGUUGCCGCUCACGAUUAUUGCGGACAAAGACAAGAGACAGCCACCAUCAACGGAGCUCUUGGGUUGCUUGGGAGAAGCGUACGCUGAUUGGACCGUUUCCGAAGGACCUUUUGGCAUUUCUGUUUUGAAAUAUCCCUUCAUUGAAGGGGAUUCCAACAAGCCACACAAAGAUGGAUGGGUACAAAUAUUGAAGCAGAUACAGACGAUGCAUGGCCAUAAUUUUGUUCAUGGGGAUCUCCUGCCUCGCAACGUGUUGUUUACCUAUGACAAAGGAUACGUGAUAGACUUUGACCUCACCAGAAAGAUGCAGUAG